CCAUCCAUCGCGUUUACUUUGACAUUCCAAUUUUGCCCCUUUCUUUCUUGACACCGCCAUCCCAAUCCCAAUCCUUCAGCUUGCUCAUCUGGGCCUUCUUCAUCUCCCCUAAAACCUCCAGCUCCAGCUCCUCCCAGUACAAUUCAGCUCUCAACCCCACAUGGGUCCAACGGGAGAAGAUACGAGCAGGUCAGUAGUGAAUCAACUCGCCGAGUCGGUGAAGGCGAUUUCGGAGUUGCCCGAGUGCCGAAACGCGUUCAGGAAGAUGUACGGAAACUUCGUGCGGAGAGUCAAGCUUUUGAGUCCUCUGUUCGAGGAAUUGAAGGAUAACAAUAAACAGCUGGGAGAAGAAGAAGCUGUAGCUCUGGAGUCGCUGGGGGAGGCUUUGAAUUCGGCAAAGCAGCUCAUCAAGUCGGUCAACCAAGGGAGCAAGCUUUAUCAGGCUUUGCAGAGGGACGAGAUCAUUGAUAAGUUUCACCAAAUGACGGUAAAAAUUGAAGCAGCAUUGAGUAAAAUUCCUUACGAGAAAUUUGACAUGUCAGAGGAAGUUUGCGAACAGAUUGAACUAGUGCAUGCUCAAUUCAAAAGAGCGAAAGAAAAAAAGGACUGCCUUGACUCACAACUAGAGAUGGAUUUAGCUGUAGCAGUAAGAGACACAGAUCCUGACCCUGCAGUAAUAAAAAGACUUUCAGAGAAGCUGUACCUCAGAACCAUCAAUGAUUUAAAGAAAGAGUCACUUGCUUUCCAUGAAUGGGUUAUCGCAAGUGACGGAGAUCUAGGGGACCACUUUGAAAAGAUGCAAUCUCUGCUUAAGAAGCUAAAGGACCUAGCGCUUAUGGAAAACCCAGAAGUCGACAACUCAGAACAUGACAAGAGCACGGUCAAGCACAGAUCUCCUGUCAUCCCAGAUGAUUUCCGGUGUCCAAUAUCACUAGAAUUGAUGAAGGAUCCUGUGAUUGUCUCUACUGGACAGACAUACGAAAGAUCAUGUAUUCAGAAGUGGUUGAAUGCAGGACACAAAACUUGUCCCAAAACACAGCAGACAUUGUUGCACACAGCCAUAACACCAAACUAUGUUUUGAAGAGUCUAAUUGCUUUGUGGUGUGAAAGCAAUGGUGUUGAGCUACCCAAAAAGCAAGGGAAUGGUAAAAACAGAAAAGCAGGAAGCAGUAUUUCAGACUCUGAUCGUGCUUCUAUUGCUUCCUUGUUAGAAAAACUAGCAAAGGGGAACUCGGAAGAACAAAGAGCAGCUGCUGGUGAACUCCGCUUGCUGGCAAAGAGGAAUGGAGAUAAUAGAGUGUGUAUUGCUGAGGCAGGAGCCAUUCCUCUCCUUGUUGAGCUCUUGUCGUCUGCUGAUUCUCGGACCCAAGAGCAUGCCGUUACAGCACUUCUCAACCUCUCGAUAAAUGAGAGCAACAAGGGAGGGAUUGUAAAUGCUGGAGCUAUACCCGAUAUAGUAGAUGUUUUGAAAAAUGGCAGCAUGGAGGCUAGAGAAAAUGCAGCUGCAACCCUUUUCAGUUUGUCUGUUGUAGAUGAAAACAAGGUGGCAAUUGGAGCUGCUGGAGCUAUCCCAGCCCUUAUAAAAUUGCUGUGCGAGGGGACACCGAGAGGGAAAAAGGAUGCGGCUACCGCUAUUUUUAAUCUUUCAAUCUAUCAGGGAAACAAGGCCAGGGCUGUAAGGGCAGGUAUUGUGGCCCCACUGAUGAGAUUGCUCGAGGACGCAGGAAGCGGGAUGGUGGAUGAAGCGCUAGCAAUCCUGGCCAUUCUGGCUAGCCACCAAGAGGGGAAGGCAGCAAUUGCUCAAGCUGAGCCAAUCCCAGUUUUAGUGGAAGUUAUAAGAACUGGUUUCCCACGCAACCGGGAGAAUGCUGCUGCUGUGUUAUGGUCGUUAUGCGCAGGUGAUUUGCAGCAGUUGAAACUAGCAAGGGAACUCGGUGCGGAAGAGGCAAUGAAGGAAUUGUCGGAAAAUGGCACUGAGAGGGCCAAGAGAAAAGCUGUAAGUGUUUUAGAGCUGCUUCAACGCGUCGACGAUGAUUUUAUUUCCCAACAAUGCUAGUAGGAUGAAGAAAGUGUAGUUCUACUGUAAUAUACGCAAUGUUUGAAAUAAUCAAUAUGUAAAUUUAUGGAUAUAUCGAUGCAAGUAUCGAUAUCAGUUGCCGGAAGUUGUGAAAAUUUGCAAUGGGGUCGGUAUAUCAACUCAUUCAGAUUUAGUUGAAAUUGAGAAAAAUUUUUCAAAAAUAAUUCAAAAGUUCGAAGUAUGCAAUGAAUUCUAGCAAAAUUUCUGUAGUGAAUGAAUAAAUAUCAUUGAUAUUGAUUUUUCUAUA